CUCCCCAUCUCCACAUUCCUCCCCCAAUCCGCCCCUCUUCUUCCUCCUCCUCCUCCUCCCAUGGCGGCCUCGGCGUCUUCUCCUAGCUAGAGAUCUCGCUUCUUUCUUUCCUUGCAUGCGAUAUCACGCACGCUUCUUGGAAGCAGCAGGGUACGUGUGCGUGUGGUGUACACGCGGAGAUCGGGGAGAUCGAUCGUGUUCUUGGGGUAGCUGGUGAUCGAUCGAGCUCCUGCUGCCUCUGCCUGUGCGCUGGCUUGCCCUAGAUCUGCUUCGGACUGUGCUGUUACGUGCCGUGCAAGCCAUCUCUGUGCGCACUGUGGUGAAGAUGCUCGCGAAUGGGAGGAGCUAGAGGGAGGCUGGCAGGAGCAGGAGCAGGAGCAGGAGGAGGAAGACGAACUAGCUGCUUGCUUCCAGCGAGCGUGCGUGCGUGCGUGCGUGGCCGUCGUCCAUGACGCCGGCGAGGCGCAUGCCGCCGGUGAUCGGCCGGAACGGCGUGGCGUACGGAUCGCCGUCGGCGCAGCUGCCUCUGACUCAGACUGAUUUGCUGGACAGCCAUCAUCUUCAGCAAGCACUCCAGCAGCAAUACUUUGAUCAGAUCCCGGUGACGACAACGACGGCGCCGGCCGACAGCGGCGACAACAUGUUGCACGGCCGUGCUGACGCCGGCGGGCUGGUGGACGAGUUCGAAAGCAAGUCGUGCAGCGAGAACGUCGACGGCGCCGGCGAUGGCCUCUCCGGCGACGAUCAGGACCCCAACCAGCGGCCGCGCAAGAAGCGUUACCACCGCCAUACACAGCACCAGAUCCAAGAGAUGGAAGCUUUCUUCAAGGAGUGCCCGCAUCCUGACGACAAGCAGCGGAAGGAGCUGAGUAGGGAGCUUGGUCUUGAACCGCUGCAGGUUAAAUUCUGGUUUCAGAACAAGCGCACACAGAUGAAGAACCAGCACGAGAGGCACGAGAACGCGCAGCUGCGGGCGGAGAACGACAAGCUGCGCGCCGAGAACAUGCGAUACAAGGAGGCCCUGAGCAGCGCCUCCUGCCCCAACUGCGGCGGCCCCGCCGCCCUCGGCGAGAUGUCCUUCGACGAGCACCACCUCCGCGUCGAGAACGCCCGCCUCCGCGACGAGAUCGACCGCAUCUCCGGCAUCGCCGCCAAGCACGUCGGCAGGCCCGUCGUCUCCUUCCCGGUCCUCUCCAGCCCGCUCGCCGUCGCCGCCGCCCGCUCGCCGCUGGACCUCGCCGGCGCCUACGGCGUCGCCGGCCACCACCAGCCCACCGGCCUCGACAUGUUCGGCGGCGGCGCCGGCGACCUGCUGAGGAGCGUGUCCGCCCCCAUCCACCCGCACCCGCUCGACGUCGACAAGCCCAUGAUCGUCGAGCUCGCCGUCGCCGCCAUGGACGAGCUCACCCAGAUGGCUCAGCUCGACGAGCCACUCUGGUCGUCGGAGACGCUGCUCAACGAGGAGGAGUACGCCCGCAUGUUCCCGCGCGGCCUCGGGCCCAAGCAGUACGGCCUCAAGUCGGAGGCUUCCCGCCAUGGCGCCGUCGUCAUCAUGACCCACAGCAACCUCGUCGAGAUCCUCAUGGACGUGAAUCAAUUCGCGACGGUGUUCUCGAGCAUCGUGUCGAGAGCGUCCACGCACGAGGUGCUGUCUACCGGCGUGGCAGGCAACUACAACGGCGCACUGCAAGUGAUGUCAAUGGAGUUCCAAGUGCCGUCGCCGCUGGUGCCGACGCGGGAGAGCUAUUUCGUCAGGUACUGCAAGCACAACUCCGACGGGACAUGGGCCGUCGUCGAUGUCUCCCUCGACAGCCUCCGCCCUAGCCCUGUCCUGAAAUGCCGGCGCAGGCCGUCCGGCUGCCUGAUCCAAGAAAUGCCCAAUGGCUACUCCAAGGUGACGUGGGUUGAGCAUGUGGAGGUGGACGACAGCUCGGUGCACAACAUCUACAAGCCAUUGGUGAACUCCGGCCUCGCGUUCGGCGCGAAACGGUGGGUCGGCACGCUGGACCGGCAAUGCGAGCGUCUCGCCAGCGCCCUGGCCAGCAACAUCCCCAACGGCGACCUUGGAGUGAUCACCAGCGUGGAGGGGAGGAAGAGCAUGCUGAAGCUGGCGGAGAGGAUGGUGGCGAGCUUCUGCGGCGGCGUGACGGCGUCGGUGGCGCACCAGUGGACGACGCUGUCCGGCAGCGGCGCCGAGGACGUGCGCGUCAUGACGAGGAAGAGCGUCGACGACCCCGGGAGGCCGCCGGGCAUCGUGCUCAACGCCGCCACCUCCUUCUGGCUCCCCGUCCCGCCCGCCGCCGUCUUCGACUUCCUCCGCGACGAGACCUCCCGCAGCGAGGUGCGCUUGCUAUACUAUACCCUUUGCCUCCGGAAAAUCCAUGCCAUUUAUUUGCUGACCAAUUGCAUGAGUAUUCCUGACGACGACUGUGGAAUGUUGCAGUGGGACAUCCUGUCCAACGGCGGCGCCGUCCAGGAAAUGGCUCACAUCGCCAACGGCCGCGACCAUGGCAACUCCGUCUCGCUCCUUCGUGUCAACAGCGCGAACUCGAACCAGAGCAACAUGCUGAUCCUGCAAGAGAGCUGCACGGACGCGUCGGGGUCCUACGUGGUGUACGCGCCGGUGGACAUCGUGGCAAUGAACGUGGUGCUCAACGGCGGCGACCCGGACUACGUGGCGCUGCUGCCGUCGGGGUUCGCCAUCCUCCCCGACGGGCCGCCCUCAGGGAACGGGCAGGCCGUCGGGGAGAAUGGCGGCUCCGGCGGCGGCGCCCUCCUGACGGUGGCGUUCCAGAUCCUCGUCGACUCCGUGCCGACGGCGAAGCUCUCUCUGGGCUCCGUCGCGACGGUGAACAGCCUCAUCGCCUGCACGGUGGAGCGCAUCAAGUCCGCCGUCUGCAGGGACAGCGACCCUCAGUAGCAUCCCUAGCUUCAGCCAAAUAUCACCAUGGACAAUGUUUCCAAGGAGCAGCAAAAUUUUGGAGUUUGAUUCAGCAGUAGGGAGUCAAGAACGCACCUCAAACUCUCCUUGCCAUGUGGUGCCCUUGCCAGUGAAGAAGAAUUCGAAUUUGCGAGGAAUUUGACGCAUUUUUGCGAGAAAAUUGUCGCGAAGAAAACAUAAAUGUGUCACCACUAUGCAAGGGGGGAUGGUUCGGGCAUUGACUUCCACCUCUUGAUUUCAGAUGCAUCAAAGAGUGGGAUGCUGCUACCUUGUUGCUUCUCUGAAUCUCUUUUGUUUUAGGGGGGGUUCUUCUUUACCUUGUCUAAGUAAGAAAGGGCUCUGAAGCCUCAGUUUUUAUCUGUACUUUCGUGAUGUGUUUUGUCUGUCGCUCAGACUUCAGGUGCCUGCCCUAGCUACUAGGAGUUGAUGAGAAUAGAGAGAUUCAUCAUGUCCCCCUUUUGGUUUCUGUAACAUUUGCAAUUAUUUGUAGACUUGUGGUGUUGGUCAUUACCAUUCAUGUCU